GUGGAAUCUCUAUCCACUCCAACAAAUGCUCAAACAAAUUGGAAAUCCAGAACUACAAAGUUGCAGUUGUAAACUGUCGGAACUUCAGUGAAGCUUCGUCUGUACUGACACCGCACCUUUUUUGAAGUCUCACCGGAUAGAUUGUUGCUCUGACUGACUGGGGGCUAACUUGCCAUUACCUUGGAAUAUUUUUUAUCCGGGAACGAUUUUUUUCUGUGUCAUGGAUGGGAUGGCCUUUGAAGAAACUUGACAGCUGUUAGGAAUUGUCUUCAGGAGUUACAUUUUACAAAAAAAAAAAAAAAAAAAAAAAACAAACAAAAACGUUUUAAACUUAUUUUAACUACAUCCAUAAAAAUGGAUCAGGCAAGUGGAGGAGAAGAUCCAAACAAGCCAUCUAAAAAGAAAUCUGGAGAAGAUGAGAAUAAAAACAAAAAGCUGAAUAUACACAUUAAAACACUGGCUGACGACAUGCGUGAUCGGAUCACCAGCUUCCGCAAGCAAGGGGGGAAGAAGGAGAAGCCCUUCAUCCAGCACCCCACCGACCCCCUGUCCCCCCAGGCAGAGCUGCCCAAACCCCAGCCCUUCAUCGACUCCAUGAGCUCCAUGAACCUCUCCGAGAAGGAAAUCAUCGACCUGUUUGAGAAGAUGAUGGAGGACAUGAACCUGAACGAGGAGCGCAAGGCCCCACUCCGGGGGAAGGACCUGAGCACCAAGCGCGAGAUGGUGGUCCAGUACAUCUCGGCCACUGCCAAAUCCAUAACUGGAAGCAAAGUGCCGGGAGGCCUGAGGAACAGCAAGCACGAGUGCACCCUGUCAUCCCAGGAGUACGUUCACGAGCUGCGCUCCGGCAUCACCGACGAGAGGCUGCUCAACUGCCUGGAGUCCCUGCGCGUCUCCCUGACCAGCAACCCUGUCAGCUGGGUGAAUAACUUUGGCCAUGAAGGACUGGGUCUGCUUUUGGACGUGCUCGAGAAGCUGCUGGACAAGAAGCAACAAGAGAGCAUUGAUAAGAAAAACCAGCACAAGCUUAUCCAGUGCCUCAAGGCCUUCAUGAACAAUAAGUAUGGCUUGCAAAGGAUUCUUGGCGACGAGAGGAGUCUCUUGCUCCUUGCCAGAGCCAUUGAUCCCAGACAGACCAGCAUGAUGACCGAGAUAGUCAAGAUCCUGUCUGCUGUCUGCAUCAUAGGAGAGGAGAACACCCUGGACAAAAUCCUGGCGGCCAUGACCAUUGCUGCGGAGAGGAAUAACAAGGAGAGAUUCGCUCCGAUAGUAGAAGGCCUCGAGAACCAAGAGGCCCAGCAGCUGCAGGUUGCCUGCAUGCAGCUGAUCAAUGCCCUGGUGACUUCCCCGGAUGAGUUGGACUUCAGGAUACAUCUUCGCAACGAGUUCCUGCGUUGUGGCCUCAAGAAGAUCCUACCGGAGCUGGAGAUGGAGGAGCUCGACAUCCAGCUGAAAGUCUUCAACGAGAACAAAGAGGAAGACCGAGAGGAGCUGUCUCACCGUCUCGACGACAUCCACGCCGAGAUGGAUGAUAUGAACGAGGUGUACCACCUCCUGUCUAACAUGGUACGAGACACUGCAGCCGAGCCCUACCUUCUGUCCAUCCUCCAGCACCUGAUGCUCAUCAGGAACGACUACUACAUCAGGCCUCAGUACUACAAGGUCAUUGAGGAAUGCGUGGCUCAGGUGGUUUUACACCGCAGUGGGAUGGACCCGGACUUCGGGUACCGGGAGCGUCUGGAUGUGGACUUCACCCACAUGAUUGACCAGUGUGUGGACAAGGCGAAAGUGGAGGAGAGCGAGCAGAAGGCCACCGAGUUCUCGAAAAAGUUCGAUGAGGAGUUCAGCGCACGACAGGAAGCCCAGGCUGAGCUCCAGAAGCAGGAGAAAAUCAAAGGUCUGGAGGCGCAGAUCACCACACUGCAGGCUCAGUUAACUAGUGAGAGAGACAAGCUCAAAGAGGCUGAAAAACUCCUCAGUGAAUCUGCUGGAAAGGUUGCAGCUGGUCCAGUGGCCACCGGUGCCCCUCCCCCUCCACCACCACCAGGUGGCGCUCCUCCACCCCCUCCUCCUCCUCCUCCCCCGCCUCCACCUGGAGGUGGUCCCCCUCCACCUCCCCCGCCCCCUCCC